AUGAUUUUUUCGGUUGGGUUUCUAGUGACCAUAUUUUUAAUCAGGAAGGUCCAUUCUCUAGUUGAAAUAACGAACUUUGAGUGUGAAUCAUUGGAUCGAAACUUUUCCGACUUCGAGUACUGUCGCCUUAAAUCUGUGAACCGGACGUACAAAUACAUUUCCCUUAAAGUCCAUCUCUUCCAAACUCCCGUGAAUCAAAUUAAGGUUAAUACGGCCAUUUAUAAGCGCUUGAAUGGCUAUAAGCCAUUUCUCUACAAUGUUACUGUAGAUGGCUGCAAAUUUAUAAAAAACCAAAACUCGAAUCCCGUUACUAAGUUCAUCUUCGGUGUUUUCAAAGACGCCACCAAUAUGAACCAUUCCUGCCCCUACGACCAUGACAUAAUUAUGGAAAAGCUAUCAGCGGAGAGCAUUAAUUUUCAAAUAACAAAAAUUCUCCCUUUUCCUGAGGGGAAAUAUAUGGUUAAAAUGAACUGGUUCGCCUAUGACAUUAACCGAGCUAUAAUUCGAUUAUAUAUUACACUCACAAAUAGUAUAUAA